CUAACAUUAUCAUCUCUCAUUUGUAGAACCCAAACUAAAUUUGUAAAUCAAAAUCUUUACAAUUGCUUAACACUUUUCAGGCUUUCGCCGGACCUAAUAGAAACUCCGGCAAUGCUAGCUACCGGAGCAAGACCAUUAUUUCCACUUUUCAACACUGCCCAAGAAACUCAAAGUUCAAAUUUUUCUCAGUUUUUCACCAAAUUCUCGCCGACCCAUCUCUCAUUUCACUCAAAUAAACUGACCCAUUUUGGCUUUUGUGUUGUUCUUGGCAAGAUUCGAAAUGGGUUGGGUCCAUUUGCUGCAAAAAGCCCAAGAAAAGGUGUAAAUGAUGUUUUGGAAAUUGAAGGUUUUGAUGAAGAUGAUGAUUUUGAGGAAUUAGAUGAUGAUUUUGAUGAGGAAGAGGGUGAUUUUGAUGAAGAUGAGGAUAUGAUUGUGCCAAUGAGAAAUAUGAAAGAGUGGCUUGAGAAUAAGCCAUUAGGAUUUGGAGAAGGUAAAGUGUAUGAUACUACGAUUGAGGAUAAGUUAGCUGAGGAAAUUGAGCAGAGCAGGAUUGCGCAGCUUGCGAAUCUUAAUAAGCUUAAGAAUAAUCCCGGAAGUGGUAGUUCUAAGAAUCAACAAAAACCGAAAGUGCCAGAAGUCGUUUCAAGUGGAAUUCGUGUACGCUUGGUUAAUCUUCCUAAGAAAAAGAAUAUCAUUCGGGAUCUGCAACGGGCUUUUAAAGGAUUUCCUGGAAUGAUUAAUAUAAGUCCAGUUGUUUCUGGAAGCAAGAAAACCAGGGAGCCCAUCUGCACGGGAAUUGCCUUCAUCUAUUUCAAGUCCACGGAUGAUGCGAAUAGGUUCAUACAGACCUUCUCAAGACAAAGUAUAGCUUUCGGUAAGAUUCAAAAGCAAAUAAAAUUAGAGCUGAUGGAUUCAAGUUCUGCAAAGACUGCUUCUGAAAAGUUGGUUGGUAGUAAUUCCGGGCCUCGUCUAGCAUAUAUUAGUGCGAACAAUGACCUAGAUGCUACUUCUGACAUCGAAACUCCUGCUUCAAACUCAAAGGACAUUAGUGGAGAAUAUGACAGUGAAGAUGAUGAGCAUAUAUCAGCUGUAGAAGAGGAAGAGAGAGAAACUGUGGAAGUUUUCAGUAUGGUGGAACACAGCGAGGAUGACGAUAGUAUGAUGCCUAAGGAAGAGUCUCUAUCCAAUGCACUGUCGUCACAGCCGCUCAAAAAGAACCGCACCAAAAAGAAAAAGAUUGUGGUCAAAGGGAAGCAAAAGAAGUCCGCAAAAUUGAAUAUACCAGGAUCUGCAAAAAGGUUAAAGAUAAAAGAGAAGGCUGUGCUUACAGAUGUAUUCUCCAAGUACGGACAGAAGGCUGAUGCAGCUGUUGUGAAAUAACAAAGCCGAUGAAGAAUAGGUGCUUUGGUCGAAAACAAGAUUAAAGAAGUAGAUAGAUGGCUGUAAUUUUGCUAAAAGGUUGUUAAGAAAACUGUUCAGGAUAAAUUUUAAAUGUUUUAGAAAGAUUUGUAGAAACGAUUGAAUGUUUUAAGUCUGCGAUACCAUCUCUCCCUGUAAUCUUCUACUCCGAGGUCCAGCAGUCAAAGGAGUUUGAAUUUUUAA